GCCCCGCCCUCGCUGGGCUGGGCGGCCGGGUCUGGCCGAGCGGAGCCGGUUACCAUUUAGUAUGGAAGAUGAUGAGUUUUUUGGAGAAAAAACAUUUCAGCAUUAUUGUACAGAAUUUAUCAAACAUUCACAGCAGAUAGGUGAUGGUUGGGAAUGGAGGACUUCAAAGGACUGUUCUGAUGGAUACAUGUGCAAAACGCAUUUUCAAAUUAAAAGUGGGACAGUGGUGUCACAUCCAGGGACAUCUGGCCAUGUACAGAUGGGUCUUCCCAUGGAGGAGGCUUUAGAGGUACCCCUGGAUGAUUCUGAAGUGACUGAGGCUGCAGCAGCCACCAAAGUGAUUAAAUAUGAGUAUCAUGUCUUAUAUUCCUGUAGCUACCGAGUGCCCGUGCUUUACUUUAGGGCAAGCUUUUUAGACGGAAGGCCUUUACCCCUGAAGGACAUAUGGGAAGGCGUCGGUGAGUGCUACAAGACGCGGCUGCAGCAGGGGCCCUGGGACACCAUUACCCAACAGGAGCACCCCAUACUGGGGCAGCCCUUUUUCGUACUCCAUCCCUGCAAAACGAAUGAACUCCUGAGUCCUGUGUUAAAGAAUUCUCGAAAAAUCAAUAGGAAUGUCAACUACAUCACGUCUUGGCUGAGCAUUGUCGGGCCAGUUGUUGGGCUGAAUCUACCUCUGAGUUACGCCGCAGCAUCCUCUCAGGAUGAAUGAAAUGUCGAUCUUCAAGAGUCUUCUAUUGAGCCAGGGAGCUUAGAAAUGGCAGCAUGAAGAACGCUGAAAGUUUCUGUGUCUGACGCUUGUUUUAACAGGGCUGGUGCUGUGAAUUUUCAGCUCACCAAGAUUCUGACAUGGAUUUUUUUUUCCCCUUGGAAGCAAAUGUCUGCAGCACCUGAUAAACUGUGUAUUUAGAAGGAAUAACUCAAAGACACAAAUCGAUAUACAUAGCAAAAAAUGACUCUAACUCAAUAAAGGAAAUACUGACAUCAU